UACUGAUAUCUACGUAACCGGAAGAUGUAAUUGGGAUGAAUGUGCUGCAGGGACAAUCAGUGCAGACUAAGUUGGAAAAAUUCACAUUUGGCAUCUUAGUGGGAUUUGCGAAGUGGUAACUUCAUGAAAUACCGCCACCUAGUGCAGUGGUUUGUGUGAAGCAGUACAGAAUCACAGGAGGAGAUUCAAGUUUCAGAUACCAUCGAGGGGUUGCUAAAACAAGGUGUGAUCAGGCAUGCAACCUCACGGUAUAACAGUCCUGUUCAGCCAUUAAAGGGAUCAGGCAGCUCCAGUCACUGAUAAGCUGAAGUCCAGGGGUGCAGAGCAGUUGCCCUGAACCCAGUCACAGAACAGUUCUGCAGCAGCAGGGAGGGUGUGCUUCCAGCCAGCUAGCUGAAAUCGUGGCACGAGUUGCCUCUGCCACCUGAAAUGGAUCAGCUGCACAUACAGUAUAUUCAGUCUCUUGGGCAGUGGCAAGUGGGAAGGAUGUGUGGAUGAUAGGGUAGCUGAUACAGGAGAAACCCCUGUGUUAGCAGCCACUCUCACAACAGAUCUGGGAAGCAGCCCAAUGAUUGGAGAUUAUUGCUUUCCAUGUAGACACCCAACAGAAAGACUCCUUGCUGUCUAUCACUUUUAAUAAUAAAGUGGACCAGUUAGAGUGAGUAGAUCUCUAGCAUUCUGGAAUCCCAUGUGGUGGGACAAUGGGCAUAUAACAUAUUAAUGCCACCUUUGUAUGUGGUUGCAUCAGGUUGUGCAUUGGAACCUAAAUAUGUGGGCACUAAAUACCAGUAUGUGCCGAGAUUCUAUCUAUCCCUGAUGGGGCCUAGGUGUGCAACAAGAAUUAGCUGGAGCGAGCUGGGGAGGUAAAAUAGAAAUUGGGACUGUAGGGAGGGUGCCCCUAACAGUAACCAGGAAGAGCCUAGUCAUCAGAUGUGAGGUGCUCUCAGGACUGCUGUACUUGGUGCAGGUGUGACCCGUCCCUGACUCCUCCAGUUUGGCAAUCACCCAAGCUGUCUUCAGAUUCAUCUGGGGAUCUAAGAGGGGAUCAGAUUGGUCACAAUGCAAAACUUCCUGGAUAAAGGGGCAAAAACAUACCCAAUAUUGCCCUCACCCUGAUGACCACUUUCCUGUGUGGCUUCAUCAGGCUGUUCAUGGAACCUAAAUACAUGGGCACCAAGUACUACACCAUGCCGAGUUUCUAUCUGUCCCCUGUGUUGAGAAGGAUGGGUCUGGGUAGGGAGCCACACCACAUCCCAUCAGAUAGUUGAGGCCGCACUACCUGUCCUUGGUGGAAAAAUUCUUCUAGACCAGUGUUUCCCAAGCUUUUUCACUCAACCCCCCCCCCCCCCCCAAAGCACCUUCAUACUUGCCAACUACUCUCUUAGGUACAAUAUACUUUCCGGAACCCCCACAGUGUAAAAACGUGUACCAUAUGCUUUCAUGAGAAAAAAGAUUCCCCUUUAAAUUUUUAUUUGUCUUUAAACCUAGCUUACAUAGUACCUGUGUGCUGUACAGCAGCUUCAAUAUCAAUGUGAUCCUUGAGCUUGAUGGUUUUAGUAAGAGUUGAAGUUGUGACAGCAAAAGCCUUAAGACCCCACGCAUAACAAUGUCCAAGCAGUUUCUGUCUUUGUGAGAAUGUGGUUCACUGCACUGAAGCCUCUUUCAACUGGGUAGAAGGAUGGAAAUGCAAUGAAGGGCAGUUUGGUUCUUCUCCAAAGACCAGGAAAUUUUGUAUGACAGUAUAGCCACAUACCCCAAAGGCUAACAUUUUUGAAAAGCAUUUUUUUUACUUCAUCAUUUUGAAUUUUGAUAUUUAUUUUCUUGCAAGCUCUCUUCCUGUUGCACACCUUGUAAUGCAAGGGGUUUAUUAUCCAUUCCAGGAUUUCCAGAUCAUUCAGAUCCUUGAAUUGAUUCUAAAGUCCUUCAGUGACUAGGUGUAAGCAGUAUUCUUGCAAAUCACCAUCUCUGAAAGAGGGUGCUAUACUUUCCAUGCAGGGAAACUGUGAAAACAUUGUUCUCCCAAUGUUUUGCUUGCAUAUUUCCAAUUUUCCAAUAAAAGUGGACAACUCACUUUUUGCCUGGAUUAAAUUGAAAUUCUCACCCUGCAGUUUCAUAUUUAGAAUGUGCAUUUUGUCAUACAGAUCGGCUGAGUGUGCCACAUCUGCACAUCGAAGUUCAAUCUUCUUUCCCAUGCUUUUGUCGACAUUAAGCAAAGAUUCAAUCAAUAUUUUAAAAAAUCAAAGAAAUUUUUAAGGAGCAGCCUUUUGACAGCCAUCACACUUCAUUGUGAAGUAGUUAUCUUGGAAUAACUGGUGAAAUAUUCUGCUAUUUAAUGGAUGAACUUCAAUUUUGUUGCUAGCAGAUAUUACAAGAGUCUUGCUUGACGAAAGUCACUAGCUUAGGUUUUUGACUGCAAAAUGUUGACAAUGAAUUCCACAAUGGAUUGCAAACAGACUUGGAAUUUCUUUUUCAUUAAUGCCACUAAACCAGCAAGGUGAACUGUCAUAUAUGGUGCUCCAUUUGUUGCACAGGAGAUUACAUUCCUAAUUGGAAUACUUUUAUCCUCAAUAUACAUUGUGAGCUCAACAUAGAUUGAUUCUCCAUUGAUUUAUUUUUAACUUUUUACAUUUUUGAUAAAUCGUACAUAUGCCAUUAGCAAUGCCUUGUUGUCUUACACAGUUGACUCAUCCAGUUGUAUCCCAAAUUCUGUUUUUGUAGCUCUGUGCAUAGUUGAUGAUCAAUAUCUUCACUCAUUUCAUGAGUACAAUGAGCUACAAUGUUAUUACUCAGGAGUAGUAAUACAAACUGGGAAUGCCUAUCGGAUGUUGACGAUGACAGCAAGUUGACACGAAUGGGAUGAUGGUAGUGGCAUGCAAAGGAAUGGCAAGAUAUUGUGAACAUAUGGGCAAAUGUUUCUGCUUUUGUGGAUCGCCACAUGUCCCUACAGAAGGGAGUACGUAUUUCGGGACUGGGGACUUUUACUUUCUCACAGCAAAGACUGGAUGUUGGACAUAGAUUCAUAUUAAUUCAGAGGCCAGUAUUUGUGAUGUCUGAAAAACUCCUGCAGAACCAUGGAUUAUCGCGCGCAAAACAGCACGUAUCUGAUGAUAUACCCAUUGUUGAACUCAAUUUUACAUUCCUUGCUCUGGAGAGUCCUUAUGAUCGAGAUACAGUUGAAGGAUGUGUCAAAGAGACUUUGCUGAUCAUGAAUCGUUAUAUUGCCUUUAACCGUGAUGUUAAUUUCACAUUCAAAGACAUUGGUGUGCUAACUAUACGAAAUAACAAAGUCAAAAUGAAGUUUUAUAGAGAAUUUCUAAAUGCAAUGGAUGGAAGUGGAAAUUUAGUGAACGCCCUUUCAAAUCGACCUGGAACUGCGGACUCAGUAAAAUCAAUCAAAGAUGUAUGCUCAGUUCGGCCUGCUACAGCUAGUUCUGUUCUGUUUCCCAGGAUUCAAUCAGUUGAUAUUAAUGAACGGAAAUCAGUGAUUCCAACAAUUAAAGAAGAAAAUGAACCAGAAAAUGAUGAAAACCCAUGUAACAUUCAAAACCCUGAGUUAAGCAAAGAAAAUGAACAAACUGAAAAACUGAAGGAAAGUGAGAAAAGUAGAGAGACAACAGAAAUGCCCCUUGUCAAGCAACCUACUAUCAGGCAACCAUUGGUUCCCACUAAAAUCUCUUCUGUAGGCACAAAGGAAGAUUUUCAAAAAAAUGUUGAACCCAAAGAUUUAUCAGAAAGCUUCAGGUGGGCUUCUCCACAUCGUUCUUUAUCCUGUCAGUCUGCCAUUCAAAGUACAAAUGUGCAAACAGUGAAGAUCAAAACACCACCUGCCACUGCCUGCUCUGAUCAUUGCAGGGCAGGACAGGAGCUAUGUUACCUUUGCAUGCAACGAGCUCUGAAAAAUUUCCCUAUUGACAUUUCGGAGAGCAGAAGAAGAAAAGAACUGGAGGAGGAGCAAUUACUGCAGCAGUAUCAACAAAUGAAAAACCAGGAGGCCAUCUUCCACGAACAGUGUGAAAUGUUGGCUGGCAGAGAAUAUAACCAAAAGAUUUCAGCAUUCAACAUAGGAGUUGCUGAAGCCAAAAAGCGACGGAAGAAUUCAAAAUGCAAAGAUGUCAAUAAUGGAUAUAUAUUCCAAAGGAGACUCUUGACACCACCAGUCAUUCUGAAGCAACAGCAGUAUGCACAGUGCUUGAUGAAACAGAUGGAAGAGAAACAACAAAGACAGAACAGAAAAAAACAAGAUGAAGAUUUUCUGGAUCGAUUAGAGCAAGUACAGUUAGCUGAAGAUCUUGCUAUCCAGAGAGAGAUGUAUCUAAAAGAGAAGCAGGAACAAAAAGAAGCCUACAAAACUGCAUUGGAUAUACAGAGAAAAGAGAAACCACGUCAGUUGCCAGCAUUUGUCCCAGAUUCUUCUGGGCCAAUCUUUGGUUGUUCUGAGUUACCUGGGAAGUCAGAAGAACAAAAACAAGCAGCACGUAAACUUUGUAAGGAGCAGAUUCAGGCUGCAGCUGAUCGUAAGAGAGAUGCUAUUCUGAAUCAAAUCUAUGAGCAGAAAACUGAGUUGGAAAUGCUGGAGAGAAGCAAAAAAGGCUUAAUAGAGGAACAUAAAAAGCGAUAUGAAAAUUUACAGAGAAUGCGUAGAACUUUAGAGGAAGCCUGGGAUGAAAAUGUAACUAUGAAACGACUGAAAGAAUAUGAACAAAAACAACAUACAAAAGCGGGAAGCAUUUUUCUACUUGAUCAAUCUAAGAACUACCGUCGUUGUUUUCAGUGUAAGCGGCGUUUAUCAAACUGUGGGGAGACAAACGUUUGGAACAAUUCAUUCAUUACAACUAGAACAUAAAGAAUCAUCAUAUUAUUAAUGAGUAUGAACAGUCAACUCAAAUGAAAAAUAAUGAAAAUUCCCAUAUUUUUAGUAAUUAAUGUUUCCAUACAUUUCUUUCAGAUUAAUGUGGAUUUAUUGUUUUCAUGGGUAUAUAUGUUGCAUUGUUAAUCAUUUUUCUUAUGAAAAUGUUUUUCUACCAUUAGAUAACAUUCAUAUUGCAACAGGGAUGUUUGAAAUAAUUUCUAACCUUGAAUACAUAGAGGUAAAACAAACAAAAAUGAUACUGCUUUGGGACCUUCAGUUAUGAAAUUUGGAUUUGGAUACCUUUAACCUUUUAUAAAUAAUCCCCAAUAGUUUAUUUGCUGAAAAAGCUCAGAGCUGUAUAUAUUUAAACACUGAAAUCUGAACAGCAGCUGUUUGGGCUAAUUAGCAUUCGAUCAAUUUUUAUUCUAAUGUUGAUCAAUCUGAUCUUCAUCUGGAGAUUUUUAAAAAAAAUCAAAUUUAGCAGUUUUACAACAUAUUUUCUAUAAUAAAUCACAAGUUUGGGCAGAAACUUUGAAUUAGCAGUUUGGUCAGUCAAUGGAUAGAUGCCUUUGUUCCUUAUUUGUUUUCCAUACAUGAGAGACAUGACCAGCGAUUGGUGUUCUAUAAUGUUCUAUAGCCACUUGUGCUAUAUUCAUGUGAAUUAGCUGAAAUAAAUAAUUUCAUGAAACAAUCAGGCCAACAUAUAUAAGCAGUAUGGAAGUCGUACAUGUGAGUUGUAAACUGAGUAUGCAAAAUUAAACAGUUUUUACACAAUAUUUGUUUU